UGAACAUUCAUGUGAUCAUUACUGAGUUCGCAGACACACAGAGAACAAACUUCAAUGGGAUACGAUCAGCUCCGACGAUCGGAGCCUGGAAGUUCCGGGAGCCACCUGCAACAACAUGAAGAAGAACCCAGAGCUCGAAACAAGAAGAGAAGGCUUGUUAUCGUCUCAUUUAUUGCUCUGGGAAUGAUCAUUGUCUCAGCUGUUUGUGCUGGACUUGCAGUCGUGAUCCGUGAACGAGCUGCCGAGCCGGUUACCGGCGGCGGAGGCGACAGCGCUGCCAUGGUUCAUCGUAAGCCUACUCAAGCUAUUUCCAGGACUUGUGGUAAGACUCGGUUCCCGAACCUUUGUGUUAACUCGCUCCUCCAGUUCCCCGGCUCGCUCACUGCUAGCGAGCAAGACCUCGUCCACAUUUCGUUCAACAUGACGUUGCGGCAAUUCAGUCAGGCUCUUUAUCGGACGUCGUUUAUCUCGUACGUUAAGAUGGAUCCACUUGUGCGGUCGGCAUUCGACGACUGCCUCGAGCUCCUUGAAGACUCAGUGGAUGCCCUCUCCCGGUCUCUCUCCUCCGUCGUUCCUUCCCAGGACGGCGGAGAUAACAGAGGCGGGUCGCCACAGGAUGUGAUGACGUGGCUGAGCUCCGCGUUGACGAACCACGACACGUGCACGGAGGGGUUCGAGGGAGUGAGAGGGGAAGUGAAGUACCAAGUGGCGGCGAAACUGAAGGACUUGUCGGAGCUCGUGAGUAACUGCUUGUCGUUAUUCGAGGCGAGCGGUGGGGAUGAUUUCGGAGGGGUGCCGGUGCAGAACAGACGAUUACUGGCGUUGGGUGACGACUUAUCGGAAGAAAAUAUCGACGGGGAUAGAUUCCCAAAAUGGCUGGGGAGGAAGGAGAGACGACUGUUGAGCACUCCGGUGUCGGCGAUCCAGGCUGAUAUAGUGGUUUCGAAAGAUGGAAACGGCACCGUUAAGACGAUCCUUGAGGCGAUCAAAAAGGCGCCGGAAUAUAGUACUCGGCGGAUCAUCAUAUAUGUUAGAGCAGGAAGGUACGAAGAAAAGGAUUUGAAGGUGGGGAGGAAGAAAAUAAACUUGAUGUUCGUCGGUGACGGAAAGGGUAAAACAGUCAUUACAGGAGGAAAAAGUGUGUAUGACAACAUGACCACAUUCCAUACCGCGUCCUUCGCUGCAACUGGGGCAGGUUUUAUUGCGAGAGACAUAACAUUCGAGAACUGGGCCGGACCGGCCAAGCACCAGGCCGUGGCGCUUCGUGUAGGGGCAGAUCAUGCCGUGGUUUACCGAUGCAACAUUAUCGGAUACCAAGACACCUUGUACGUUCACUCCAAUAGGCAAUUUUACCGUGAAUGUGAUAUUUACGGCACAGUCGAUUUCAUUUUCGGUAACGCCGCAGUGGUGCUCCAGAACUGCAGCAUUUACGCCCGAAAACCCAUGGCUUUACAGAAGAACACCAUCACGGCUCAAAACCGGAAAGACCCGAAUCAGAAUACGGGGAUAUCAAUCCAUGCAUCUCGGAUUCUGCCCACGCCGGAUCUCGUUGCGACCAACGGCAGCUUCCAAACGUACCUAGGCCGUCCGUGGAAACUUUACUCCAGGACCGUGGUCAUGUUGUCAUACAUGAGCACCCACGUUCACCCUAGGGGAUGGCUCGAGUGGAACGGCACAUUCGCCUUGGAUACACUAUAUUACGGCGAAUACAUGAACCACGGGCCGGGUGCGGCAAUCGGGCAACGGAUUGGAUGGCCCGGGUAUAGAGUCAUUACUUCGGAAGUCGAAGCAAGCAAAUUUACGGUUCAACAGUUUAUUUACGGAUCGUCAUGGCUACCAUCAACUGGGGUUGCUUUCUUGGGUGGUUUACAAGUUUAGGUUAGAUUCGUAAUAAGCAUAUGCUUUCAUCAAUGAU